CAAAACCAGUCGCCCAAUUCAGCUCGCCGACAACACUUUCUGUUGUCAUUAGCUGGUAGUUUACAUAUAUAAGAACAUAGGCCGCAACAAAUAUUCUGCUUACAGAAAUCCUAUAGCGAUACAUUAAAGUCGGAAUAUACUGCCCGCGCAGCUUCAUACCGCCCUGCCUUGUGUCGUCUCUUAUAGCUUCCAACACAGACCAGCAACGAUGAGCAAUCUCACUCUACGACGCGUCUCUAAUCUGACGCGAGACCAAGUUCUACAUUGCGACUUUUCCUUCAAAACAAAUAUUCAAGUAGCGAAACCAUAUAGCCAACUCGAGCUUGAUCAACCUAUAGCUACAGCGCCUCUGCCGGAGCUGACGAAGGACUUUGGUUUUGACGCUCAGGACGCUUCUGACGCGGAUGGCUUGCAAAAAGUUAUUGUCGUGUUGGAGAGCGACAGUAAAGUAUGGGCGUACGCCAUUGCUACGAAAGGCUGGAAUAACAUGGUCCAUCUGGAGUAUAUUGCCUUGGAUAGAACCGUCCGUGGACAUGGAAACGCCAUCCUACUACUUGAGGCAGUUGCAGACUGGGCCAAAGAGGUAGGAUAUACUUCUAUACGUACAGAGUGUCAGUCAAACAAUGUAGCAGCCUGUCGCUUAUAUAAAAAGGCUGGUUUUGUGUUUGGCGGCUAUGAUAAACACUUAUACAAAGCCAUCCCAGAGACCCGGGCCGAGACUGCCAUUUUCAUGUACAAAUUUUUAAACAAGACGAAAUAGUUUUGAUAUAUUUAUAUAGGAUAUUAAUUCUCUUUGUAGAUAGUUACUGUAUAUUUAAUUCUCUUUUUUGUCGUUAUACUGUUAUACCGUCCAGCAGACAACUUGGCCAGGCAAAUGUUCGUUGCCGCAGCCUGAUUGGCCACCAGCUGUCCCAGACGUAGGCACUUCCCCUUGCCAGCUGCCAAAACAAGGACGCGGAUGCCUAACUUGCCGCCGACAUCAACAACUUUGUCUGGAAGAAAAACAACGAGGAGGCCAGUACCCCUUAGCUGUGGCGCCUUACGACAAUCCCAAAUAAACUAUAACUGUGGCACAUCUUUCCUUCUAGCACUGCGGCUUACCACGCUUCAUCAGCAACAACCCGUCACGCUUCCUGAUCAGCGUGCUCUGAUUGGCAACGCUGUGACUGCCCUUCGCUCUAUGUUUUCUCAAUAUAUACAGCAAUAGCCGCCUGAUUGAAAAAUGGCUAGCCCAACAAUUUGGAGACCGUUGCCUCUGCUGGCGUCUAACGAAGUUCUCCCGUUGCUAGUCUCCUUCUCCAAAGGAUCGUCAGAAUAUACGAUUCAAGUGACAGAUCUCGCCAAUGUCUGGGUCGAAAGUCUGGAUCGGAAAUCCAUUUGCAUUAGAGCGUGGAACCAGGACACCAGCAUUGAUCCCAGUGAUACGGCGGAGAACAUGUCAACCUUUCUCAAGAGCCUGCACUCGGCCGUGGACUCAUCCGUGCCUGGUCAUGAGGGUACUUCAGUCCAGCUAGCCCGCGCCUCAUCAAACGAAGCUGGCGGCAAGAGACUGACUUUGACAGUUGAAUGCAAGUUGCCAGGUUUCCCAGAUCUGAAAUGGCCAUUCCAUUUGAAGCAAGAAGAGCCAGAUGCCAUAGCUCGUUUGCUCGUUAUCCCCCUCAUUCAGGCUCAACAGGCACGCCAACACGAGGCAGCAUCCCUGAUACAACUGCUCAAUCAGAAAGAUUCCGUUAUUUCGAAACUUGCUGAUAAGCUGGAAGCAACAGGGACGGGCUUGGACCAAGUGUUUACAGCUCUGGCUGCUCGCAAAUCCAUCUCACGACAAGCAGCUGAGGACAAAAUCAAGGGCCUUGGCCCAUUCAAAGAGAGCAAGUGGAAGACUGAUUUGAACAAUGAGUUGCAAGAGCAACAAUCCCUAUCUGAUGUCACAAAUUCCGUGUUUGGUGGGCAUACGCUCCUGUUCACAGACUCUAUGACGUGUGACACCACACAGUCCCUUAGUUCCUGGUGGCAGAACUUCGAACCAGCAACGUCACUAGCUGUGCGAAAGAAACCAGACAACUCAAAGCCAGUGACAGGGACACCAUCGCCAGCUCCGCAGAUUAGCAAGGCUGGCGACUCGGACGACGAAUUUCAAGUCCAGUCUACUCCUCCUCACCUCAAGUCGCGCACCGAUAUCAAUGUUAGUAGUCCGCCGCCCAAACUUGAAUCGCCACCUCCAGUCCUCAACAGCCCGCCGGUGGUGGAAAAGAAACCUGUUAAUCGACUUUGUGCCAUUGGCGGAGCAAAACGGGCCGCAGAUCCCAUUCCUCUACCACAAUCCUCCAAUGAAAUGUCCACUACUCUUGGUGCAGAAGAGGAUACGGCUUCAGAAACAGCCAGCGAAGCUGAUGAAACAGCAUCUCUGCCCGACGAGCCGGCACAAUCUCGACUUCUACCAUCUCCAAAACCUAUACCAAGGAAGUCAGGUGGGUUGGGUCGUAUUGGAGGCGUCUCAAAACCAAAAGAAACCGAAGUCGUAGCACCAUCGGUGGAUGUCGCAUCGUCAACUGCUCCUGCCCCGCGUCGCAUUGGUACAAUUGGCGGAGUGGUAACCAACACUGCGGAUGGAGAUACACAACUGCGAGGACGUCCUGCUGUAUCACGGACGGACCACAAUGAUGAAGCUAUUGCAAAUGCUGAAACCCCGAGGGAAACAUCUCAAGAACGCGCGGACAAGAAACGUGAACAGCUCAAGCGGGAUCUAGAGAAACAGGCCGCCGCAGGACCGAGCAAAAAGAAGCGCCGCUUUUAAAAUCACGGCAUGACCUUAUACCAAAAACACGCCACUGAAUAUAGGACAAUUGUGAUAGAACACAUGAUGAAUUGGGUACACAAUUAUCUCAGGAUGCUAGGUAUGAACCCAUUAUGUGUAAUAUAACUAGUGAAUGUAUAUAACAAACGAACAUAUCACAAAACAGACGUUACCUAGCUCAACAACAUAGCUCCCUUUGCGAUUAUACUCGAUCACAACUUCGGACAACGUCAACUUAGUGCAACAAUCACUCAACCAUUGAAACAGGCCCCAUGGGUCUACAGUCGACCCUUUUGGGUUCUUCGCAGCGGAUCAAUGCUGCCGCGUUAUGGUCCUACUUCUGGGGACGUGAGGCACGGUCGUACGACAUACUCAGAACCAAAAGGUCAGGGUCCUCCAAGCUAUGACAAAUGCAGUGUGAGGGGGGUGGGAAUACUGCCAUUAUGCACCUCUUGUCUUAGGAUCUCCGGGGGUGAAUGUCUUGGUUGGUUGUGGCAGAGUGCAUCGCCAAAGGUUAAACCACGUCUGGGAAGGCGAACCUCGGGGCAAUACACGGCAACACGCCGCAUUGUGUUGCUAGAGCAUCGGCAAGAGGCUUCUGGUUGUGGCCCGCGUUGGAUAAUACUUUAUCGGCACCUCAGUGAUCUGAAGACAAAAAGUUGUUCUCUUACAUGUGACAAAUUUUGGGUUUCGCAACACACCAGCACACCUUGCGCCAACUGCAGCAGUAAAAGACGUGCGUUUAGCGACAGGAUUUUUUGGUUCUAGAUUCAUAGCCUGGGAUCGGUCGAGCAUGUCAGCACCGUAAGGAGCAUACUUGGUUGUGACGCUGCAUGGAAAACUUUUUUCCAUAUCUAUCCAAAGCCACUGAUAACGACGGUGGUGCCGCUCUUGGCUUCAUCUGAUUUGACACCGAGCGUGAUUACUCACCGUAUAAAUUCGGAAUAAUUAGGCGGAGAUUAGGCCAAAGGCACGGCUGAAUGAUCCUCUGCAGAAGUGCUUCUCACCGGCUGCAAGUUCUAAACAUUCUUUGAAACAUUUUCAGGGACAAGAUAGACUUGAACAUUGUUUGGUGUUCACCUGCAAGAGCGGCUGUUUGCGCGGACUUUGGACGGAACAAUGACCCUGACUGUACAUGACAGUAUCAGAUCAAAACAAAUGGCAUUGGCUGGCAUGUUCCGAGCCGUUCUAAAUGAUCCUUUGGUUUACAUCUCAGACUGGUUCGUGCGGUGGCGUCUGUAUGUCUAGGUAAGCCGCCUCGAGAUCCGGCGUAAGUUAUCCCGCCUGUCAAGUUGAGCCGCGUCUCAGAGCACUGACCUAUUCUGGCAUUAGCGUUCGAAGGAUCACGCCCUACGUACAAAAUUUCCGUAUUUGUUCAAAAAAAAAUCAAGAAA